AUGUGUGUUUUGGCAACUCUUGAUUUUAGAAGAGGGUGUCAAGAAUGUAUACACAGGCCAAAACACGAUGUUGUUGAACGUGAUCAUAAUGCUCAUAUUCAUCCACCUCCACCUUCAGAUAGCUUGCUCGGAGAAGGCGGAUUUGGCUGCGUGUUUAAAGGCUGGUUGGAUGAGAAAACCCUAAAUGCUUCAAACCCUAGUUCAGGCUUUCCCGUCGCUAUCAAGAAGCUCAUCCAUUCUGGCUUCCAGGGUCAUAGAGAGUGGCUGUCGGAAGUGAACUAUCUAGGUCGACUUCACCAUCCGAAUCUAGUGAAACUCAUCGGAUAUUGCUUAGAAGGCGUAGAUCGGAUUCUGGUGUAUGAGUUCAUGCCCGGAGGCUGCCUGGAGGAUCUAUUGUUCACAAGAUCAAAAAAUUGUCCAGCUCUUUCAUGGGUAAGAAGGGUUCGUGUAGCUGUAGGAGCAGCACGGGGGCUGUGUUUCCUACACGAGCUGCAACCGCCGGUCAUAUAUCGCGAUUUUAAGGCGUCCAAUGUUUUGCUAGAUUCUGAGUUCAACGCAAAACUUUCGGAUUUCGGAUUAGCCAAAGCUGGUCCCACUCAGUCUCAGACUCAUGUAACUACAAGAGUAAUGGGCACAGAAGGCUAUUGUGAUCCACGCUAUAUAGCCACAGGAAAAUUGACGGUGAAAUGCGAUGUAUAUAGCUUCGGAGUGGUGCUACUAGAGCUGCUAACGGGACGUCCGGCCAUCGACGAGACAAAGUUCGAGGAGGAGAAGAAGUUGGUAGAAUGGGCAAGGCUUCAUAUAAAUGACAAGGGCAAAUUGUUCAGAAUGAUGGACACAAGGUUAGAGGGACAAUAUUGCAAGAGAAGUGUUUACAUUGUUGCAAAUAUAGCGUUGCGAUCUCGAGCCAAAAUAUCGGCCGCCUAUGACUUACAUAUUGGAUAUUCUUCAAAACCUUCCUUCCUAUAA